UUUUUAACUCUUGCUUUAGCACCCAUAGCUAUCACUAACGCAGCAACUAUUGCCCUUUUCUAUCUUUCUUCUUUUUCUAUCCACUUUAUCGCGACUCUCUCUAUUAAUCCGCCUAUAUUAUUGGUCUAUUGCAUUCUCUUCCCCCCCUCCAGCCACACCCGCCCCUUUACCCAAAUUCCCCCAAAUUCGCCAAUGUUUGUUGUCAAGAGAGACGGCCAGAGCGAAAAGGUGCAGUUCGACAAGAUCACCGCACGCAUCAACAAGCUAAGCUACGGGCUGGACACCAACUUUGUCGACUCCGCCUCAGUCGCGCAAAAGGUGAUCAGCGGCGUCUACCAGGGCGUGACCACAGUCGAGCUGGACAACCUGGCGGCCGAGACCGCCGCCUACAUGACAGUACAGCACCCGGACUACGCCAUCCUUGCAGCGCGCAUUGCCAUCUCGAACCUGCAAAAGGAGACGCACGACAAUUUUUCGGACGUCGUCAAGGAGCUGCACGCGUUCAUCAACCCCAAGACCAACAGGCACUCGCCCAUGGUGUCGGCCGAGCUGCUGGCCACCGUGUUGGCCAACGAGGAGCGGAUCAACGCGGCGCUCGACUACUCCCGCGACUUCAACUACAACUACUUUGGGUUCAAGACGCUCGAGCGCUCGUACCUGCUGCGCGUCAACGGCCGCGUUGUCGAGCGGCCACAGCACCUGCUGAUGCGCGUGUCGCUGGGCAUCCACGGCGCCGACAUCGACUCGGCGCUGCACACGUACAGCCUGAUGUCGAGCAAGUUCUUCACGCACGCCAGCCCGACGCUGUUCAACUCGGGCACGCCGCGGCCGCAGCUCUCAUCGUGCUUCCUCGUUGCCAUGCACGACGACAGCAUCGAGGGCAUCUACGACACGCUCAAGGUGUGCGCGCAGAUCUCCAAGAACGCCGGCGGCAUUGGGUUGCACGUGAGCAACAUCCGCGCGACCGGCGCGUACAUAGCCGGCACCAACGGCACGUCCAACGGGCUUGUGCCGAUGCUGCGCGUCUUCAACAACACCGCGCGGUACGUCGACCAGGGCGGCAACAAGCGGCCCGGCGCCUUUGCCAUCUACCUUGAGCCGUGGCACGCCGACGUCUUUGCGUUCCUGGACCUGCGCAAGAACCACGGCAAGGAGGAGGUGCGUGCGCGCGACCUGUUCUACGCGCUGUGGAUCCCGGACCUGUUCAUGAAGCGCGUCAUUGGCGGCGGCAAGUGGUCGCUGUUCUGCCCCCACGAGGCGCCCGGCAUGCAGGACGUCUGGGGCGACGAGUUCGAGGCGCUGUACGAGAAGUACGAGCGCACGCCUGGGCUGCCGCGCCAGACCAUCGACGCGCAGAAGCUGUGGUACGCCAUCAUGGAUGCGCAGAUCGAGACCGGCAACCCGUUCAUGCUGUACAAGGACGCGUGCAACCGCAAGUCCAACCAGCAGAACCUGGGCACCAUCAAGUGCUCCAACCUGUGCACGGAGAUCGUCGAGUACUCGAGCCCCGACGAGGUUGCCGUCUGCAACCUGGCGUCCAUUGCGCUGCCGUCGUUCGUCAAGUCGCCGACCGAGUACGACUUCCAGAAGCUGCACGACGUGACCAAGGUGGUCACCAAGAACCUCAACAAGAUCAUCGACAUCAACUUCUACCCGGUGCCCGAGACGCGCACCAGCAACAUGCGCCACCGGCCCAUCGGCGUCGGCGUGCAGGGCCUGGCCGACGCCUUCCUGGCCAUGCGCAUGCCGUUCGAGUCCGCCGAGGCGCGCGAGCUCAACCGCGCGAUCUUCGAGACCAUCUACCACGCGGCGCUCGAGUCCUCCUGCGAGCUGGCGCAGCAGCACGGGCCCUACGAGACCUACCAGGGCAGCCCGAUGUCCAAGGGCCAGAUGCAGCCCGACCUCUGGGGCGUCACGCCGUCGGACCGCUGGGACUGGGCCACGCUGCGCGCCAACGUUGCGCGCCACGGCGUGCGCAACUCCCUUCUGGUCGCGCCCAUGCCCACCGCGUCGACGUCGCAGAUCCUUGGCUUCAACGAGUGCUUUGAGCCGUACACGUCGAACCUCUACACGCGCCGUGUUUUGGCCGGCGAGUUCCAAGUGGUCAACCCGUGGCUUCUGCGCGAGCUGGUCGAGCGCAACCUGUGGAACGACAGCAUGCGCCAGAAGCUCAUUGCCGCCAACGGGUCGGUCAUGCACCUGGACGAUGUGCCGAGCGACUUGAAGGAGCUGUACAAGACCGUCUAUGAGAUCAAGCAGAAGGUCAUCAUUGACAUGGCUGCUGACCGCGGCGCCUUUAUUGACCAGAGCCAGUCGCUGAACAUUCACAUGGAUGGCCCUAACUACCAGAAGCUGACGUCCAUGCACUUCUACGGCUGGAAGAAGGGCCUGAAGACCGGCAUGUACUAUUUGAGAACCAAGCCUGCUGUGGACGCCAUCAAGUUCACUAUUGACGCCGAGAAUAUCAGCAAGGCUGUUAAGGUUACGGCCAAGAUGAACGCGGCGGCCGAGAAGGAGGAGGCCCCGGUGCUGACUGCUGAGGAGGAGGAGGAGCUGGCCAGACUGCAGUGCUCUAUUGACAACCGCGAUGCAUGCAUGAUGUGCUCGGGCUGAGCGGGCAAAACAAGACCAGCGCCUUCUUUGCCAACGCUUUGUUUUUCUCCCUGUUCAAAGUGGUAUCGUUAACUUUAUCCAAAUAAUUAAUUAAAUAAUUUUUUCUUUCCUUCUCCAAAGCAUAACCUGCACUCUAUCUUGGACCGAAAAAAACGCAUACGUCAUAAUCUAUGCACACGAGAAUGUGAUUGGCCAUUUGGUAAAGUGCGAUGAACAAAAUAAAUAAAUGAAGGAUAGCUUCACUUUUUGGCGAGGCUUGCUUUUUA